AGGCUCUAAGGAAGUUCGUCGUUACUAGCGUCGCCGUCGAUGCACUGAAUUACGCCAAAUCUGGCCGCAUUGGCACAUAGUAUUUGUGCAUCUCCGUCUAUUCAGUGGAAAAUCGGACUUUUGCAGUGUAACUUUCUCUCGCUCAGCGGCCUUCUAGAUUGAAUCAUUUGGUCCUUGUCCUUCGUGUAGCAUGAAUCGUUGUCACCGGGUAUAUCUCGUAUAUACGUGCGCAUUUAAUUGUACAUCGAUUGAAAAUAAAUUUACGGGGUGUAAAUAUUUUUCAAAAUAAAUGUGAUUUCUUAUCGAUGCCCAAAAUGCAAGCGGUGCAUUUUUCUUGGGUUCUUAUUUGGUGUCUUAUAUCUGUGUUCCCAGUUACUCUUGCUGAAUAUAAUAUCACAUUAUCCCAUGAUGGCCCAGUAGUCUUAGGCGGAACGAUAACAUUUAAAGUUGAUAUUUACGACGAUAAUGGUGAAAGACCAUCGGGAACUUUUAGGUAUAAAUGGAGAGACAAUGCAAUAUUCUCUUCUCAUGAAUAUGAGACAGGAGAUACAUCAAACACAACAUCGUAUUGGACUGUAAGUUAUCCACGUGGAAAUUAUAGCGUUGGAGUAUAUCAAGUUGAAGUAAUUGUUCGCAUGUGGUAUAUAACAUGGUGGCGGUCGCUUACCAGUUCUCGCACUAGUUUUUUUGUCACCGAAUUCCUUAAUGGCGAUAUCGAAAUUACACAACCUAAUAAGACACUGGAAAGUACUUAUGUUUCAUCCGCAUCCGAGGCGAAUAUGACAAUAACUUUGCGCGAAGGAGAUAUGGAUUAUUUGAAGAAAGCGACAACAACAUCCAUAUUCUGGUUCAUAGACUGCAAAUAUUAUGGACAGACAAACGAUUUAAGUUUCCCUUAUAAUUUUACCGAUCCUGACACAUCACACGUUCUGGAAGCUUUAGUAGUUGCGUCGUAUGAUUCUCCAACAACAACUGUUCCUCCUCCCACGACAACUGUGUCUUCUAUUACAACUGUUCCAUCUGUUCCAACUAUAAUAAAUAAUACUAUAUUAAAUACAACUACAGAAGCUGUAGCGACUACUAUGGCGUCUAAUAUUAAUGUAUCUAUGAAAUCAAUAUCAACGAGAACACCAACACCAGUAAUUCUUAAUACUACACAAAACACUAGCAUUGCAGACAUAAAUGCCUAUUUACCUUAUAUCUGUUCAAAUUCCUCAAUAAUUCCUCCAGAUCCUAAUAAAACUUACGGGCAUUUUACGAAAAGAAUUAAUGUUCGCGCACCUAUAGCGAAUAUAAUGGUAGAGGGUACGAAUUGGAUUCAGCCAUGGGACAUGCUAUAUCUUAAUGUAACCUGUAAAGGCUCCGGGCCUUUUUACAAGUGCCUCCAGUUUCAUCGAGAGAAAUACAACGUUACAGGAAAUGAGACGUGCGUAAAUGGAAUUCGCCUUCAUUCUUGUAACUUUUCUAUCAGACAUUUUUUCCUGGAACCCAGUGUAUACACAAUAUUAAUUAUAAUGAAUAAUGAUGUCAACAAGCAAAUCUAUCCUUUGACAAUAAAUAUUUAUAAAGUACUAACGAAACCACAAUUGUCAGUAAUUGUUGUGCCCGUUACUUGUUCACUCGCUGCUGUGGUACUCAUUGUAUUUGGCUUUGCUUAUUACGUGCAAAGCAGAGCAAGAUUUACAGUGGAAGUUGCAGAUUUCGACUUCGGUCAGAAUAAUCCAGAGAUGGAAUAUAAAACGUUCACAGAACGAUUGCGAGGUUCAUUCAAUAACGCCAUAAGACCAGGAAACAAUCGGAUAAAUGUACGCCUGCCCUAUUAUGGCAGCAUGAAUCACUAACAAAGGUUACAAACAUAUUAGUAAUCCUGAAACUCUUCAAUGAUUUUCAGAGUGAAAGGAAAUAAAAUUAUUGAUUAAACAUUUUAAGAGUUACAGAGGGCAAUGCGAAACGGUUGAGACAAGAACUAAAUAAAAUAAGUUACAAGAUGGUUCACUUAAUUAUAUCUUACAGUAUUUUUAGGUACCAAAUAAUUGAAAAAUUAAUACGAUCAUAUAACUACUUGUAUGAUUAUUUUAAACAUUUAACGAAUAAAUCAAGAUUGUACAUAACAUGUAAAGAUAACACUAAAACACAAACGAACACACACAUGUAUAGGCUGUGAAUACAAUAUACAAAAAAAAUAUAUUAAUGUCGUUCUUCAUAUUUUGGGAAUGCGAAAUGUAGAUGUUCUCUUUUGAAAUUCCAACUCUUCAAUAUCGAAGUUAUACACUUUGUACUUUUAGUAUGUUCAAUUUUUCGUAAUUGUAUUUACAAAUCAUUUAAUUAUCAUAUAAAAUAAGUAUCGAUAUAUAUCAUACAUAGAUUAUAAAUUUAAUAAAUUUAGUCAAA